AUUUUCGCGGCUCUUAUGGGAAUUAGACACUCGUCUCGCUGCAUGCUCCUCAGGAGAAAAAUGGCGGAGUCUGAGAGCGGAGAGGUAAGUCCUCAGUCAGCAGCCGCCCCCGUCCGCAUCAUUCCGUCUCAGUCAGCGCAGCCGACCUCGCUGCCCAAGCCCGUGCCUUCUGUCCAGCCCGCGUCUCGGCCGGCUCUCCCCCCUCGCACCCCCCACGCCCCCGGCCUGCCCAGCUGCCCCGGCCGGGGCAAGAUGGCCAAGUUCCUCAACCCAGACGAGAUGACAUCAAGGGACUACUACUUUGACUCUUACGCCCACUUUGGGAUUCACGAGGAAAUGCUGAAGGAUGAGGUGAGGACGCUCACCUACAGGAACUCCAUGUAUCACAACAAGCACAUCUUCAAGGACAAAGUGGUUCUGGAUGUGGGGAGCGGGACGGGCAUCCUGUCCAUGUUCGCCGCCAAGGCCGGAGCCAAACACGUCUACGGGAUUGAAUGUUCCAGUAUAUCAGAAUACUCAGAGCGGAUCAUCAAGUCCAACCAGCUGGACAGCGUUAUCACCAUAUUCAAAGGAAAGGUGGAGGAGGUGGAGCUUCCUGUGGAGAAGGUGGACAUCAUCAUAUCUGAGUGGAUGGGCUACAGUCUGUUCUAUGAAUCCAUGCUCAACACCGUCAUCUUCGCAAGGGACAAGUGGCUGAAGGCUGGUGGGCUGAUGUUUCCGGACCGAGCCUCCCUCUAUGUGUUGGCCAUCGAAGACAGGCAGUACAAAGACUUCAAAAUACAUUGGUGGGAGAACGUGUACGGCUUUGACAUGACCUGCAUCCGAAACGUGGCCAUGAAGGAGCCGCUGGUGGACGUGGUGGACCCCAAGCAGGUGGUGACCAACUCCUGCCUGGUCAAGGAAGUGGACAUCUACACAGUGAAACCUGAUGACCUCUCAUUCACCUCGGCCUUCUGCUUACAAAUCCAGAGGAACGACUACAUCCAUGCUCUGGUCACCUACUUUAACAUUGAGUUCACCAAGUGUCACAAGAAAACUGGAUUCUCCACAGCUCCAGAUGCUGCGUACACACACUGGAAGCAAACCGUUUUCUACCUGGAGGAUUAUCUAACCGUGAGGAGAGGAGAAGAAAUCGCUGGCAGCAUCACAAUGAAGCCCAAUGAGAAAAACAUACGUGACUUGGACUUCACUUUUGAACUGGAUUUCAAAGGGCAGCUUUGUGAGGCAGCAAUUUCCCAUGACUACAAGAUGCGUUAGAUUGGACAGCGGCGUCCUGCAGAGCGCAACAUGGAGGACGGAGACGCAGAUUCCUGAGGACAGACGGACGCACAGUGGGACAGGACAGGCAUCAUCAUGCCCUAUGAUGAUAAUGAUGAUGAUAAAAGUGAGACUUUGUGUUUGGAGAGCAUGAAAUCAUUUUUUGCAGACUGUUAAAAUUAUUCUGAAUGUAAAACAAACAGGUCAGUAAUAUUUUCUAGCGCUGAUGAAUGUUAUUGAUAAAAUUGUGUUCAUGUGAGACGCAGAGCUGCACCUGUAUAAUGAUGUCUGCAUUACAAAUCAGUGUGUAUAAAAAGUAUUCACACCCUGGAUGUUUUGCCCUUCUUGUAUUAAUUUUACAAAACAAUCAUGAGAAACAAAAUUAGAUUUUUUUGAGAAAAAUUUUUUAUUGUUUACGUAAAAAAUUAUGACAAAAACGAGCUGCAAACCCUAACGCACUAACUAGUUCUGCUAAUGCUAAAGCGCUACAGCAGCAUAGUAUUUAGCAGAAGCUAAUGAAUACUGAAGUACUAAAUUCAAUUAAAUUGUUGAAACCCAUGCUCUAAAAUUCCUCUAGAUAUUCUAUUCAUAUUUUGUUUUGUUGUGUCUCAUUUUGUUUCUCAUUGAAAAUAAAUCUGAGCGUUUGAACAUGAAGAGAGGAAACGCCCUUCAAAAUAAAAACAUGAAUAUAAAUGUUUAACUGCUUGAUAACCAAACCUACAAUACAAAUUUCAAGCUUUAUUUAAGUUGAUUAAUUAUCAUGUUAGAAUUUAUCUGGAAACAAUAAGCUGGGGAAGCCAAAUGCACUGAACCAUUUCAAAGUUAGCAAAAACAUGUUUAGAUUUAAGUUUUCCCUCUUAAUAGUUUUCAAUUUGACAGAGUUUCUUUUUGUCAACAAUAAAGAAAAACUUGAUGAUCAAAAUGAAUUUUUAAAAGCAAUAAUAAGGGUAAAACAUCCAAAGGGGAGAAUCUUUUUUCCAGACAUUUGUUUUUUUCCUCCAUGCUUUGGGUUCACAGUGAACCACGUCUUUAAAUUUAGGUACGACUUUCAUGUUAUGCACUGGAGCGACUCACUGAGUUGAAACCGUUUACAUUUGUGAAAGUUUAGUGGGUAACAUAGCAGUGAGUGAAAAGUGCAGCCAAG